UUUUGAUGGAGGGUAGUAUGUGGAAAAAUGCACUGGAGAAAGCACAGCCAAGUGUUCUGUGAAGAAACAUAGCCAUCAAGAGAGAGAAUCGAUACAGAAACUUAAAUGAUAUGCUCCAGGCUCUUCUGACUCCAUUUGGUACUAAAAUUGAAGAAAAGGAAACUGAAACUAAGAUUUCAGGGUUCCUAGGUCCACCGUCAGAUGAGUCAUUUGUGAUACCAGCUGCAGAAACUAAAAAGUAGAGGGACAGCAAAUAGUAAGUUAUUUUGAGAGCUGAUAGCACUUUUGGUGGCUGGCUGAGUGAGGUCCUGUCUGAAGAGAUAGAAGAGUAUCUGAGUGGCCACUGCUGACCAUGGGAGACUAUACCAGGGAAGAAGACAUCAUCGCCAUGGAUUGUGAGAUGGUAGGAGUGGGACCUCUUCAGGAAAGCGGGCUGGCUCGGUGCAGUCUCGUGAACUAUCAUGGCUUGGUGGUGUAUGACAAAUACAUCAAGCCAGAAGGGGAGAUCACAGAUUAUCGUUCCCAUGUAAGUGGGAUACAACCCAGCCACAUGCUGGUAGCCAUACCUUUUGCAAGAGCCAAAGAAGAGAUCUUGGCAAUCCUCCGAGGCAAGCUGGUGGUAGGCCAUGACCUCCGGUAUGACUUUAAGGCACUGAAAGAAGACAUGACAAGAUACAAGAUCUAUGAUACCUCCCAAGACAGGCUGCUUUGGGCAGAGGGAGGUCUGGCCGGCUGCCGGAGGGUAUCCCUCAAGGUUCUGUGUGAGAGGAUCCUUAAGCAAAGAAUUCAGAACAGCAGUUUCGGACACUCCUCUGUGGAAGAUGCUAAAGCUACUAUGGAACUUUAUAAAAGAUCCAGAAUAAUAAGGGCCCGCUAAAAAGAGGAGAAUGUGGGGGAGGAUGGCCUAAACACAGCUGUCUUGCUGUUCAAAAGUUGAUCUCAAGAAGAUGGAUGGAAGCCACAAACUUUCAGGGAAAUCUUCUUUCUUUUACAAACAGCAUCUCCCAAAGCCUUUUAGUUUCUUGCUUGUUUUAUGAUAAUAAAAUUGAUCUCUAUUUUCUCAA